GUUUGAUCGGUUCGCCUCGGUCGGACCUGAUCAUGGGAGCCCACACGUGUGCCCGAUCCGGUAUAUAAGAGUCUCCUCGUCAUGGAUCGAGAUAUUCUAAACAGGAAUACUACGAAAGUCUAUUUCAUACUUUUCACUGCGUAUCUCACCAGUUCGAUUUCUCUUCCUUUAUCCUCAUUGUUCCCGUUGAAGCACUGCAGUUCGCGACAAUGGCACCUCUUGUAUGGCUUGUAACAGGAGCCUCGGCGGGAAUUGGAGCCGCACUCGUCGAGGAAAUCGUCCGUCGAGGCGACAAAGUGAUUGCUGCCAACAGACAGGUCGAUCAGAUGGCCGAUCGCGCUUCGGAGAAUGUGUCGCUUCUUGAGCUCGACAUCACGUCUGGUUCCAAGGUCAUUGCAAGCAAAGUCAAGGAGGCCUGGCAGAUUUUCGGACACAUCGAUGUUCUUGUUAACAAUGCUGGCACAUUCUUGUUCGGCCCCUUCGAGGAUAUCAGCGAUGACGACGCAGAACGCAUCUUCCAAACCAACGUCUUCGGUCAGCUCCACAUGACGCGGGCCAUUCUCCCAUUCUUCCGCCAACAGGGAUCAGGAACAAUCACUUUCACGGCCUCGAACCAACUCUGGGGCAACAUGCCGUACACGACUUACUACAACAUGACCAAGUGGACAAACAGCUCCCUUGCCGAAUCACUUCACAAAGAGGUCUCCUCUCUCGGCAUCCGUUGCGUCGCCUUUGAGUGCGGCGGUGUUGCCACGCGCCUCUUCGAACCGCGCGAGAAGGACAAGGUUGCGUCGGAGCAGAACAAGACGGACAAGAGUCCCACCGAAGCAUACGUGCCAGGGUUUACCGCUGCCUCGCAGGUUCUGGCCGAAUGGGGAAUGCCUCCGGGAGACCCUGCCAAGGUCGCAAAGGCAAUGGCUGAUGUCGUCAAGGGCGAGGGUAUGGCGGCUGGCAGGGUUUGGUCUUCACGGAUUGCUCUGGGUUCGGAUUCUCUUCGAUGGAGGAAGAUCAAAAGACAACAGGAGGCCGUAGUGAUGGAUCGGUGGGACGACGUCACCGUCAGCACGGAUCGUGACGAUGCAGUGCUCUCCGACAAGUUGGAUCACUUUGCUCUGAUAGCAGGGGCUGAGUAACAUAGCUAAUUAUGUUGUCCAUAUCGUUAGACAAGCUCAUAUGACCAUCUCCGGUCGGCGUUUACG